AAAAAUACUUUGAUAUGAAAAAGAACCAGUGCAAAGAAGGCCUUGAUAUUUAUAAAAAGUUCCUCACUAGAAUGACACGGAUCUCGGAGUUCCUCAAAGUUGCAGAGCAAGUUGGAAUCGACAGAGGAGACAUACCAGAUCUUUCCCAGGCACCAAGUAGCCUCCUUGAUGCAUUGGAACAGCAUUUAGCUUCUCUUGAAGGCAAGAAAAUCAAAGAUUCCACAGCUGCAAGCAGGGCUACCACCCUUUCCAACGCGGUCUCUUCUCUUGCAAGCACCGGCCUGUCCCUUACAAAAGUUGAUGAAAGGGAAAAACAAGCGGCGUUAGAGGAAGAGCAGGCUCGUUUAAAAGCUUUAAAGGAACAACGUCUAAAAGAACUUGCAAAGAAACCUCAUACCUCGCUAACAACUGCAGCUUCUCCUGUGUCGACUGCAGCAGGAAGCAUCAUGACUACACCAGCCAUUGAUAUUUUUUCUACCCCGAGCUCUUCAAACAGCACAUCAAAGCUGCCAAACGAUCUACUUGAUUUGCAGCCAACUUUUCAUCCAUCUGUGCAUCCUAUAUCUGCUGCUCCACAAGUGGGAAGUACCUGGGGAGAUCCUUUCUCUGCUACUGUUGAUAGUGUUGAUGAUGCCAUUCCAAACCUAAAUCCUUUCCUUACAAAAACUAACGAUGCUGCUCAUCUGUCUGUGUCUUCUGAUGUAUCUACUUUCACCAGUAGGACACCCACACAUGAAAUGUUUGUUGAUUCUUUUUGUGGUCCUCAAGCUUACCCUAACGCUUCUCAUUUCCGCAAUGAGCCUUCUUCUGUAGCUGGUCUAUUUGGAGGGUUCACUCCUUCUCCUGUUGCUCAACCACAGCCGUCAGCUGGCCUUAAUGUUGACUUUGAAUCUGUGUUUGGAAACAAGUCUUCUAAUGUUGUUCUAGAUUCUGGUGGUUUUGAUGAAUUAGGUGGUCUCCUAAAACCAACAGUGGCCUCCCAAAACCAGAGUCUUCCAGUUGCCAAAGUACCACCUAACAAAUUAGUGUCAGAUGAUCUGGAUUCAUCUUUAGCCAAUCUUGUAGGCAAUUUGGGCAUUGGAAAUGGAACUACUAAAAAUGAUGUAAAUUGGACUCAGCCAGGUGAAAAGAAACUAACAGGUGGUUCCAACUGGCAGCCCAAAAUUGCACCUACCACUGCAUGGAAUGCACCAACAUUGAAUGGCAUGCAUUUUCCACAAUACGCACCCCCUGUAAUGGCCUAUCCUGCCACAACGCCGACGGGAAUGAUGGGCUACGGGAUGCCAUCACAGAUGGGAGGCAUACCAGUAAUGACACAGCCAACUUUAAUAUACAGCCAGCCAGUCAUGAGACCACCCAACCCUUUUGGCCCUGUACCAGGAGCACAGCUGUCUGCAGCAUCCAGCCCUUCCAGUCAGAGUCCUCACAGAGCCUCAGGAAAGGAUCCCUUUGCAGAGCUCUCUCUCCAGGAUUUCUUGUAGAACAACUUAGAUUCAGUUUAUGUAACUGUUAGAUGGAAGAGAAAGGAACAAUUCCAAAAAGACGUGCUCACCAGUAAACCCGACUUCCAGGAAAAGCUGAACUUCAGUCUCUCAAGCUCUCCUCUUCCAUAAAGGAUGCAGUAAAAUCAUGAAGACCAAUGAAGGAACCUGGGGCGCUCCACAGGAAAGCAUCACCACACAGUAUGAAGCCAAGAAUUGCCAUGAAUUAAGACCAAGAUCGGUUUUUUGUCCCGGCGACUAAAUACAUCAAUACUUUUCAGCUUCUAAUAAUAUCCAUAAUCAGUAACAUACAAAGAGAAGCCUUUAUUCUGGAAAUUAAGAUUUGUUUUUUGAAAUGCUGUCUGGAAUGGAGAUGUCCUUUACCGUAACUUAAAAUAAGACUUUGGGGAGGGGAGGGUCAAAUCCUAACUCUUAACUCUGCAGUUACCUUUUCUUCACUCCUCACAGAUGUAGGCACAGCAGUAAUGGGAAUUAACUUUUUUUUAAAAAAAAAAAAAUGUAUUCAGUUUGCAGUAGACAUUCCGUAUGUAUUAUUGUUUGUAUUUAUUUAUGAUUAUCAGUUUAACAUUAAUAUUGUAUCAAAAAAAAACUCCUUAUGAAAAUGAGUAUGGAUGUAUACAGUAUGUCUGAUUUUUAUCCACAAAGAAUGAAUCUGAUUCAGAAUGCUUUUCAGCUGACAUACAGAGCACUAAAUAUUUUAAAGGUCUGAAUCUAAUGAAUUCUCAGUAUAUAUGGGAAUUAGGGAAGAGCUGUAAAAUGCAUUAAUCCUUAUAGUCAAUUCUGUGCCUAGGAUUUUGCAAGGGAACAGUUAACUGACUAGAAGAAGCACUACAUUUUUAAUUCAGCAUCAGUGCAUUGGGAAGGAACUUUAUUGCUUUGUGCUUGGCAUGUCAUUAUUUUUACAUUUGACAUUAUAAGGCCUUUCCAAAAUGAAUGUGAGGAAUUGCUUUCACUUCAAGACUUUCCUUCUUUUCUGUAAAAAUGGAAGUUUUGGGGGGUGGGGGGAGCUUUUUCAUUUGGCUAGUGCCAUGUUUAUGAUCAUGUACCUUUUAAAAAGCCAGAAGACAAAAAAGGGGGGAGUAGCUUCCUUACACGUGUCUCGUGGGAAUCUCGUUAAUGAAUUGAAGUAGCACUGUUGAUCGGUGCUCUGUGUAAAUACAUCAUAACUUCUGGGUGGAGAGGGGUCUUCAGAAGGAUAGUCAAUGAUAUGAAAGCAAUUCUGUACAUGAAUUAAGCAUACUUGCUGCAUUGUCUCUGCAGAUUCUAUUUUUGUUUAAAAUAUUAAAAUGUAUGUUAGCAAAAAUGGGUGAAUUUUCAAAUAAAAUGCAGCUUCCACAGAACUUUUGUUACGGUA